AUGCAGUCGUUUUUUCAAAAUCGUCGAUUCCGCAGACAACUCGAGAAACAAAUUGUGGUGAAACACGACAAGCCUGAUAACGUCUGGACGCGGGAGCGACGCUACUUUUACCAUGAAGGAGAGAUCCAGUCAGAACAACGCGAGCUAGACGAGAGUGAACCGGCAAGACGAAGACGAGAGCAUGGGCAGCGCACUCUCAUUACUGGGCCAGCCCUUCAUCCUCGCCACACGACUCGCACACACUUGGAACGCGACGGGGAUGUGGAGCGCGCGGAUUAUGAUCCGGAAUUUCAAGACGAUCCACACACCAUCAACUCGCUAGAGACUCUGGGAGGCAGGGUUGAUUUGAUGUUGACAGGCGUGGAAAGACACAGACCAGGCAACGGCAAGCCCAAUGGUACGCCCGACUGGGCCGCGGACGGCACAAUCAAUGGCGAGUCAGUCCAAAAAGAUCGACUCGUUGUGGUCACUUUCGAGGGCGACUGCGACCUGAUGGAUCCGCAUAACUGGCCUGUCCCGCGCCGGCUGGCAUGUACAGCGCUGUUGUCACUGACGGCAGCCACGAUGCUAUGGGCGACUACAAUUGAUGCCGUUGUUUUCACCCCCGAGACUCGGAAACUUUAUGGAACUGAUAACUUCGCGAUCGAGACGGUUCCCACUGCCCUUUACCUAGUCGGCUUGGGGAUAGGGGGGCUGUUCAUAGCGCCUAUCUCCGAAGUUGUCGGACGCAAUCCCGUGUUCAUCCCUUCGCUCUCGCUCUUUAUAUUAUUUGAAAUGGGCGCGGGGCUCGCUAGGUCACCGGCACAGCGAAUGGUCACAAAAGGCCUCGCCGGAUUUUUCGGGUCUGCUCCCCUGGUGUGCUCCGCGGGAUCUAUCGUUGACCUUUGGUCACGGAUUGAGCGAGUCUAUGCAUUCCCCAUGUACGCCAUUUUGUCCUUCAUAGGACCGCUAGUAGCCCCCACGCCCGGUGUAUUCGUCGCCGAAGCCCAUGCAGUGAGCUGGCGCUUCGUAGAUUGGAUGACUAUAAUCUUGGCGGGAAUUGCUCUGAGUUUAUUCGUGCUGUGCGCGCCAGAGACAUACAGUCCUAUUUUGCUUCAUUGGAAAGCGAAGCAGCUUCGCCGCCUCACUGGAGACCCUCGGUACCGAGCGCCGCUAGAGUUCAAAAGGGUCUCGUUCUUGCGCCGCCUCGCCCACGCAAUGUAUCGACCGUUCCUCUUAUUUGCGACAGAGCCGAUUAUCAUGGUGUUUACAGUCUACCUCUCGGCCAUAUUCAUCAUCCUCUACACCUUCAUCGCGGGCUACGUGUCUAUCUACGAGAAGGUACAUAAAUUCAAGCCCACCCAGACAAGUCUUGCCUUCCUCGGUGUCUUAGUAGGCGUGUUUCUCGCCGCUCCAUUCGUCCCGCUAGCUAUGAAGCUGGUGCGCAGAGACAUCCUCCGCAACCGCUCCCAAGGCCGUGACUACUCGGCUCCGGAGAUCAGUCUCUAUUUGGCCAUGUUCGGGGCCCCCGCUAUCCCGAUUGCACUGUUCUGGAUGGGCUGGACAACCCGGCCGUCUAUCUCAGUCUGGUCCCCGAUCGGCUCAUCCGUGCUUCUGGGCUACGGGGUGCUGUGCGUCUUUGUCUCCUCGUACGAAUACGUCGCUGAGGCCUUCCAAUACCAUGCUGCUAGUGCCCUGGCUGCCGUCCAGAUGCUGCGCCUUGUAUCUUCUGGCGUCAUGGUCUACGUCUCAGAGCCAAUGUAUAGAAAGCUGGGUAUUGCCUGGACCUUGACCCUGCUAGGUGGGAUUGCCACCGUGUUUCUUCCCGUGCCAUAUUUACUACAUCGGUGGGGGCCGAUGGUGCGGCGGUGGAGCCGACAUGCACCCAGCGAGGAAGAAUGA